AUGGAAUCGCGCAGAGAUGCGCAGAUUGAGGUUGUGUUCGUCGAUGGUGCGGCUGGGUGUUUUUGGUUGGGUUUCACGGAGUUUCACCUUCUCUUCUCGUGUGCUUGUGGUUUCUCUGGUUCUUUGUUUUUUGUUUUUCAAGAAUGGCUAAAAACCAAAUCAGAUAGCAGUUCUAGGCAUCCUUCCACCUCUCUAAUCGCUUCUGCUACUCCGGGUCUAGGUGGUGAUGACCCUCAAAAGACCUCCUCAUCUGCGCACUCGAGUCCUAAGCCUUCAUCUUUAAAGGAAGUUUCUGCAUCUCGAUAUGACGAUUCUGGAGGAGCAAAACCCAGCACUGAAGUCUCCCCACAAGUAUCCUCUCCACCUUCUUCUGCGUCUAAAAAGCUCUCUGCUCAUCGAUCUGACAAACGCUCUAAACGUGGUGUGGCUAUCUCAACUCCCCUGGCUGCUUGUCUCAAAGAAAAUCCACCUUCUGUGUCAAUAACUAAAUUUGAGGGUGGCGAUAAGAGUGACUCAGAAGUUGAAUCUGAUCCUAGUAAGGGAUUAAAUACAGGAACCCAACCUGAGGAAGAAGAGACUCCUUAUAUGGACUCUGAGAACGUGUUCGACAUUUACAGCGCCCCUGAGGCUCCUGCGACUCCCUCGAGCAGAAAGAAAACAAGCAAGAGGCAUCCAGGGGAAAGCAGUAAAGCGCCUCAAGCUAAGAAGCCUCACAAUGCAGGCCUCCCGAAGGGCGGGCCCUCAGCCAACGCAACUCCACCUUCUCCUCACGAGCAGCAGACUCCCCCUGCUCCAGCCGGGUCAACUCCAUCUCCAACGGACCCAACUAACCAGACUCAGCAGGCCGAGGAAGAAAUAGCGAGGAUUCCUGCUUCCCCUGAGAUCUCGCUGGCCACUGGGAUGGACGGAGGAGAAGCUGAUGCUGAAGAAGUGUUCAACCAGGAUGCUCCCCAAGAUCCUCCAAUCUCUUAG